UGCAUCUCUUAGUUCCUCAAAGCAGAGCCUGGGAGACAGUUUUAGCUGGACAUGCUGCUGCUGCUGCUGCUGCUGCUGCUCUGGGGGAUAAAGGGAGUGGAAGGUAGGGUCAAGGCCAAUGAGGGUUACACCCUGCAUGUGGAAAGGAAGGUGGUGGUGCAGGAGGGCCUAUGUGUCCUUGUCCCCUGUAACUUCUCCUAUCCUAAGAAGUGGAGGACUGACUUAGAUCCAAUUUAUGGAUACUGGUUCCGGGAAGGAGCAAACACAAAGACUGAUUCUCCUGUGGCCACAAGUAACCCAAAGAAGCUAGCACUGAAAAGGACCCAGGUUCGAUUCUCCCUGUUUGGAGACCCGAAGAAGAAUGACUGCUCCCUGAACAUCAGAAAGAUCAGAAAGGAGGAUGCGGGGUCAUACUUCUUUCGCCUGGAGAGUCCAGAAGUAAAGUAUAAUUAUCUUGAGAACAAGAUGACUCUGGUUGUGACAGCUCUCACCCCCCGUAUUCUUCUCCCGGAAAUGCUUGAAGCUGGCCAUCCCAGCAACCUGACCUGCUCUGUGCCCUGGAACUGUGAAUUGAAGGUGCUCCCCACAUUCUCCUGGACUGGUACCUCUGUGUCACUGUUGAGCACCAACACCACAGGUUCCUCAGUGCUAACCAUCAUCCCCCAGCCCCAGGACCAUGGCACCAACCUCACUUGUCAGGUGACCCUGCCUAGAACUCAUGUGACCACAAGAAUGACCAUCCGGCUCAACGUGUCAUAUGCUCCAAAGAAUCUGACUGUGACCAUCUAUCAAGGAGCUGACUCAGCUUCUACAAUCCUGAAGAACGGCUCAUCUCUUCCUAUCUCUGAGGGCCAGUCACUGCGUCUCAUCUGUAGCACCGACAGCUAUCCCCCUGCAAACCUAAGCUGGUCCUGGGAUAACCUGACGCUGUGCCCAUCCAAGUUGUCCAAACCCGGGCUCCUAGAGCUGUUUCCAGUGCAUCUUAAGCACGGAGGAGUGUAUACCUGCCAAGCUCAGCAUGCCCUGGGCUCCCAACACAUUUCCCUGAGCCUGUCUCCACAGAGCAGUGCAACUUUAUCCGACAUGAUGAUGGGAACCCUUGUGGGUUCAGGUGUCACAACUCUCCUUUUCCUGUCUUUCUGCAUCAUCCUCCUGGUAGUAAGAUCCUACAGGACGAAACCAGCCAGGCCAACUGUGGUAGCUCCGCAUCCAAAUGCCCUCAGGGCUUCAGUUUCUAAGAAUCCUCUGGUUGAAUCGCAGGCAGAUGACAGCUCUGAGCCCCUGCCUUCCACAGUUGAGCCGGCCCCCUCCUUCACAGAGGAAGAGAUACAUUAUGCGUCCCUUAGCUUUCAUGAAAUGAAGCCCAGGAACCCAUGGGGCCAGCAGGACACUACCACAGAGUACUCAGAGAUAAAGUUCCACAAAUGAACGCAUGGUCAUGACCUUGACUGAAGGGAGCAUGGAAGCCACAGUAGGCUGACUCAGGACUGGAGAAGGAAAGAGUUGCCUAGGUUGACAUGUGAGGCAUGGGGCUUCAGAGCCAUUCCUUUCAUGACACAGGCAUUCUGCUACGGCCCACGCCCCUGUGCUGCCCUGUCCACACAACUGCUACUGUGCCCUGGGAAUCACAAGCUUGACUUUUUACUCUUCUCUCUCAUCUCUGUUCCUCCCUCUCCCUCUUCUUUUUUCAAGUCAGGGUUUCCCUGUGUAGCCCUGGCUAUCCUAGAACUUGCUCUGCAGACCAGGC